GACUUCAAUACCCAGCGACUGCGUCCGAUGAAGGAUGCAUAGAGGAAUUAUAACAACGGGUACACGAGGACAGCCGAUGGGUGGCUAUCCUCCACCGUUUCAAGGAUUUGCGCCACCCGGUACAGGAUUUGCUCCUCCCGGAAGUGGCUAUCAUCCACCAGGACAAGGAUUUGCGCCGCCCGGUACAGGUUUUGCACCACCUGGACAAGGAUUUUCGCAACCUUCACCACCCGCCUAUCCUCCACCACCAUACACACAACCUCCUCCGCCUGAACAAGGAUAUCCUCCUCCUCCUGAAGCUGUAUACUAUCAACCAAAACCAGUUGGUAUUGUUGUUUUACCAGAUAAUUCUGGACGUGUGCAGAGAACACCUCCCCCAGACUGGACAGUUCCGGCUGUAAUUGCAUGCAUCUUCUGCGCAUGGCCAUGCGGAUUGAUUGCAAUAUUGUCAAGUAGAAGUGCUAAAAAGGCACACGAACAAGGAGAUUACAUCUCGGCACGUACGAGAGCUGAUAAUGCCAAAAAACUUAUAAUUUUCAGUGUUAUUGUUGGGUUAUUUUGCUAUGUCUAUAUAAUAUACUCACAAGUUCGAAAUGUCGCAAUGUAUGAUUGACAAACACUUGUCUUUUUAAAGACGUAAUUGAAAAAAACUGAUCUUAGUUGAAAUGA